AAUAGUUUAUUUUUAAUAGAAAAGCCUAUUGAAAUGGCAUUUGAGAAACUGGAUAAAGCAAUUGACUCUUUGGAAGAUACUAUAUUGCAAUUUCCAAUUGGAGCAAAAACAAAAGAUGAUUAUAAACCAAUUGAACAAAAAAUAAUGGAUAUAAGGGAAUCAUUAAUAGCGAUAAAUGCUAGAUGUUUAACUGCAAAAGCAAUAAUUGAUUGCAAACUUUCAUCAAAUUCAUCGGAAAAGUUGCACAAGUCUUAUGAUAAGUUAAAUAAAAAUAUUAGUAAUUAUUUGAUAAAUAGGAAGGCUUUAAUAUUGUGCAAUCAAAGUAGAGGUAUACAGGAUAUAAUUUUUCAAAAUGAAGGAUCAAAAGAAAUUCAAGAAAAAGUUAAAGUAUGUUUACAAAAAUUAUUCAUUUUAAAUGAUAAAUUAAUAUCCAAACACGAGAAAAGGAAAAAGCUAAUGAAGAAGCAACAUCAUUUAAAAUUAGAAUCCUGUAAUGCCAUUUACGAUUAUCAGGAUUUUUUAAAAGAAAGAGAAACCAUAAGGAAUCAACGACUUAAAGAAUUAAAUCCAGAUUACGUGCAAUUCAAAGUGAAAAUCAAUCGUUCCAUUUCUAAAAUAUACACAAUGAAGAAACUUAUAACCAACUUGAUUGCUUCCAUGUAUAAAGAAUUAUAUAAUAACGUGGAACUUAUAGAAGUGCUUGGUAAACAUAAGGAUAUGAUAAAUUAUGAAACAAUUAAAGAAAUAGCUAGAAAUACAAAUCUUAAUAACAGCUGA